AUGUCUGAAUUAAUGGAGAAAUUCUCGGAGCUGUUAGUGUCGUCUCCUCUGAUUCCAGACGAGCUUAUGCUUGACAUCGUAGCUCGCGUACCCAGAAGCCAUUACCCGACUCUCUCCGUCGUUUCCAAGGGUUUCAGGAAACUCAUUGCCUCGCCUAAGCUCUACGAGGAACGAUCCUGGCUAGGCUGCAAAGAACACCGUGUCUAUGCUGUCAUCCGCAACCGCACAACUGGUGAUUUCAGUUUCUACGUCCUCCACCGGAACGCCAACUGCAGUAACCGCUUGGUGGUGGUCAAGUCACUUCCUCACAUGUCUCCCCGUGGAAACUAUGUCCCGGUGGGUUCGAAGGUGUAUGUGUUUAACGAUCUCGAUGCACUCAGCAUUGACUGCACCUCACACACACGUCAGCCCAUCUCUGACAUUCCUCAGCGCAUGGCUUAUAAAGUGGUUAACGUUGUCGACGGUAAGAAGAUUUAUGUAAUCGGUGAUUCGAUUUGUCAUGUCGUUGAGGAGGAUGGUGAGUUGUCAGAAAAGUGGAAGAAGGCAGUCACGGUGUUUGAUACAGAAACCCAGUUGUGGGAGCCCAAGUUGGUAAAUGAAGACAUGUCUGUAGGUGUCCUUUGGUCUGAUUCUGUGGUGAUGGAUGGUAAGAUUUACCUGAAAAGUUACACCAAGCCCUACUCUUCUGUUUAUGUACCAGAGGAAAGGAAAUGGGAAGUGAUGGACGAGGUGAUGGAUUCUAAGGAAUGGGAGGGUGCGUGUGUGGUUGACAACGUCUUGUACUAUCAUGAUUGUUCCGAGACGGCGUUGAGGGCGUAUGAUCCAAAGCAGAGCUGUUGGAGUGUUGUCAACGGUUUGGAAGAUUUUUUGGUGGCUCAGACUGCUCAAUCAAAGUGGUGCGAUGCGGUGAACUAUGGCGAGAAGAAGCUGUCUCUCUUCUUUCCUAAAUUAUAUGACGGCAAGAAUGUUAUUUUCUGUGCAGAGAUCGCUUUGGAAAGGCGCCAAGGAGGAGAGAUCUGGGGUAAGGUGGAGUGGUUUGAUGUUGUCGUUGAGGAUGGGAGGAUUGACAUAGUGAAAUGUGUGUCUGUCACCAUUUUUGAUGCAGCAUAA